AGUCCAGCGGCCAUUACGGUCAGUCGGUCUUGGCGUCGCGGGUGUGAAGGAACGCGUCUUGUUUUUUAAGUUUAGUUUUAAGUUUAUCGCUUUUUACUUAAUGCCGGUGUCGCACAAAUUAAGCUAGACACAGCUUUAGGCAACGGCAUUUUGUAUAUUUUCAAUACGUUUACUACACACAUACAACAACAAACAAAAAAGGAUAAAAUGGGUCGCAGUCGCAGUCCCGCUUCACCCGCACACAGACGAAGGGAAAAGGAACGCUCUGAGCGCAAAAAGAGACGCGAACGACGCUCAAGAGAAAGAGAAGCCAUCGGCGUUGGGAGCAGUAGCAAUCGCCGUGACCGGGAACGUGAUCGUGAACGUGACAGAAGUCGCAGCCGUGACAGGGAUCGUGUGCGAGGACGGCGUUCGAGAUCCCGUUCCCGAGGUGCAACUGGCAGCAGUUCCGGGCCAUCAACAUCCCGUCGCGCCACACGCAACAAUUCAGCGGCAACAGCUGCAGCGGAACGUCCGCAAAUCAAUGAGGCAGACCUGGAAGGAAAAUCACCCGAGGAGGUUGAGAUGCUCAAGACAAUGGGUUUCUGCACAUUUGACAGCACCAAGAACAAGAAAGUCGAGGGCAACGAUGUUGGCGAGGUGCAUGUGAUCCUCAAGCGCAAGUAUCGUCAGUAUAUGAAUCGCAAGGGUGGCUUCAAUCGGCCGCUCGACUUUGUCGCAUAGCCGGCGGCAACUAGUUUUUUUUUAUAUAUAUUUCUAUACUACUGCUACAUUUUUUCACGUUGCCACCAUGAGAAUAAGCAACGUACCUGCAAUUUUAUGCAAUAGACCGGUUUACAAAAUUUAUUUUAAUUUGCCACACAAAAUUUCCACCACACACAAACCAAGCAACAAUUCAAAUACCUCAACAUAUUACAACUUAUAGUUAUUUAGUAGUUUAAGCGAACUUGCGUUGUUUUAAAAUUAGCUUUUGCGCGCCUUCUCAAUACAAAAGUUAAUUUUACAACAAUGGCAACACGAACAACAUCAAUCAACCAACCAAUUAACCAACACAAAACCCCCUCAAAAACAAGUGUCACUGAAAGCUCAAUGCAAAAUGCCCUAAAAAUUACCAAUGAUCGCGGGCCUACAAUUUUGUGGUAACACUUGUUGCUUGUUCGGCCGCCAUAUUUUAUUUCGAACCGUUUGACUUUGGCUUUCAGUUGCAUUUGCUGCAACGAUAAAAAUGCACACGAUUAAUGCUUUUUAAAUAUUUAAAGUAAUUACAAUUGUUUUUUGUUGUCACGAAAACGCUUACGCAUAAAACAUACACUGUGUAAGCAUUUGGCGUUGUUUGCAAAUCUAAAUCCCGCAUACGAAUUAACUGCAAAUUCAAAAUUCCCACACAGUCACAUACACACACAUCCACAAUUACUUAAAGUAUUUGAAAACAUACAAACACACAAAAUACACAAUCAUCCCCCAUCCCCAGUAAUCCUUUCCCAAGAACUUCCUCCAUACGCUGCAAUAGUACAAUUUUUACAACCAAACAAAUAUAUAUCAAAUAUAUAUUUUAUAUAUAGAAAUUUAUUUAUACACACACAACCAAGUACCUACAAACCCUUAAAAAUCCCUACCGUUAAACCGAACUUAACAAUAGCCAAUAGCCAUUUGUUUAAAAUGUUAUUUGUUGUAACGUUUAUUUUUUACACACAUCAUAUAUUUACUGAAGAAAGAGACCAAAACAGUUAAUUCAUUACUCACAAGUGCCAAGUGAAUAAUAGCAACAAAACAAAUCAGCAACAAGGCAAAUCGAUGAAAUAAUUUUUCGAUGUGCAAAUGAGACGCAAAUGAGAUAAAUGUAAUAUUUUAUACUUUUUAUACUAAUUAACCUAACCAAACAGACAGUGUAUUAUUCGCUCUCGCAAUAGUUAUUAAUAUUUUGGCAAUGAUAAUAAUCAACUUAUAAAACAUGAACAAUUCGGCAAACAUACACACACACAUAUAUAUAAUUUCUUUGUAGUUUUUAAUACAACGAAAUUGCAGGGACUUAUCAUAUUCAAUAAAUGCUAUUUCAAUAAAACUCUGAAGACACAAAUAAAUGUAUAGAACUAAAUAAUUUGAUUGAUUUCGAUAUUAUUUUUAAGAUUCAACCAAAUGUGUAAAU